CCCCGCCCCGGCGGUGGUUUUGUGUGUGCGCUUCUGGAGUCCGGGGCCCGAGCUAAACAAAAGCAGGAGCCGGCGGGGCUGCCGGAGUUUGCGGAGCCGGAGGAGGAGCGAGCCGCGCUGCGCCCGCCGGGCGGGGGGCUGGGGCUCGGGCUCGCCCACCCCUCGGCGGCCGCUCGGCCCGGUGGGGGCGGGGGAAAGUUUGCCUCGCCAGCCCCCUGCCUGGCGCUGCCUUCUCCCGACCCGAGCCUGUUUGCAAAGGGAUUAAGCCGCCGAUCCGCGCGCCGGAGCCCGUUCGUGCCUUGCGAGGAGCCGGACCGCGCGCCCGGGGCCAGCUCCGCUCUCUUCCGUCCAGGGGGAAGGGGGCUCGUUGUCCUCGCGCUCCGGGAGUCGACACCCUUCUCCCCGGCAGCCCUCCCCCGCGCCCCGCGCCCCUCCACGCCCCCUCCCCCGCCCGCGCCCCAGCCUCCCACCGCCCUGCCAAGAGGGAGGCAGAGGGAUUUUUUUUUCUUCGGCGCUUCUUCGCCUGCCCUGUUUAUCCUGCCAAGGAUCCGGAGACAGCCGGCCGGGUCGGAGCCCGCAGCUGCCCGGGGCCGCGCGCACGAGCCGGGGCCGGGCCGGGCGGCGCGGCGCGGACAUGGACGAGCAGCCCAGGCUGAUGCACGCCCACGCGGGGGUCGGCAUGGCCGGGCACCCCGGCCUGUCCCAGCACUUGCAGGACGGCGCCGCGGGCGCCGAGGGGGAGGGCGGCAGGAAGCAGGACAUCGGGGACAUCCUCCAGCAGAUCAUGACCAUCACGGACCAGAGUUUGGACGAGGCGCAGGCCAGAAAACACGCUUUGAACUGCCACAGAAUGAAGCCGGCCUUGUUCAAUGUGCUGUGUGAGAUCAAAGAGAAAACAGAGUGGAAGUACUCUCGGAUUGAUCGUGGGCUCCGUAGGGCGUCCGGCCCCGGCCCCCCGCAGGAGGGGGCCAGGUUUCUGGGAGCGUCCUUGUCAGGCCGGCUGCCUCGUCCCCCCCCCUCGGCUCCCAGCGCCCGGCCCACGGGGGCGGAGGGCCUGGAGGCUCUGAAGGGAAGUUUGUAGGACGACGUGCCUUUUGGGGGAAAAUGUGAAAGUAAACGUCCAUUUCCUGAAGGAGCACAUCUUGGCCCACAUUUCAAACACUCAUUUCGGGGGGAGUUGUGUAAAGUUCCCUUCCCCCGGUCUCGCUGUCACAGGGAGCAGCAGCACCCAGAGGCCCUCGCCAGGGCCUGCAGAGCGGCCGCCUCUGCAGCAGCAGGCUCCGGCCGGGGGAGGGCCUGCG